AUGAGCUCGAAUUCGUUCAAGUCAGCUACCUCGUCAAAAACUGGCCAAGGCUCGUUUGCUCCUGGAGCUCCAACCAGCCAAAGUUUGCUGUUGGAGAAAGUCAAUGCCAGGACUUCGACUCCCGACUCUGAGGCCUUGGCGAGCUCGGACGACGAGGGUGAACACCGCCAUGAAGCCUCUCACCCUGCGCCUUCUCAGCGUCACAAACCAGUUCGUCGCUCUUCAUGGCUAAAUGAUACAACUCAACUCAGUCGUCCACGCAAAGAAUCGUUUGCUAGCAGCUCCAUGUCUCCAACAGGGUCUCACGCAAGCACGCCGUCGGCAGAAGUAGGCGGUGGACCUUGGGGCUCACAUUCAGCAUCGUCAGCUAUUGGCCGCUCAACCAAUUCAUCAGCAUUUGCAUGGGGGACUGGUAUCUGGAAUGUCGAACGGAAAGAUGCUUCCUCAAGACUGAGCGAGGUUCUACCAUCCCCGACCUCGACUGUCCCUCCAUCAGGAAGCAGCAACUCGUUCUUCGGCCCUGACUCUCUGCCCGUACAGGCCGUCUCCAGUUCCCGGGAUUCCUUGUCAAACACCCAAAUACCUUUUCCGAUUCCUUUGCAUCCAACGCCAAAAACGUACCGCUCCCAGUCGUAUUCCGUCGGUCAAAUGGACCCCGAGACCGCACCCACAGCUGGCAUGAGUUCAUCAGCCAUCUUGGGGCGCGCUCGACACCCUGGCUUGCAGCACAGGCCGUCUCGUCCUAGUAUGCUGAGUGAAAUGGCGAACGACGGAUCAAUGCUUGGCAAGGUCAAGGAGGUCGAAGAUGACGACGACGAGAGUGCAUCUGAAUCAAUGCAAGGGUCUUUGCACCAAACCUCUGAAUCCAAGACUAUCGAAAUGCUUACCCGCGAGAAUGCAAUGUUACGCCAGCAACAGUACAACUCCCGAUUACGACCUCGUGCCUCGACCGGAGCCGGCUACCUCGGAAAUGGCUACCAGACUGUCCCCGAGGAGUCGGAUUAUGCUGUCGAUGAGUUGGACGAGGCUAACGACACCAUUGAUGCCCUGGGAAGGCGUACUCCUGGCCGUCGCAUGAGCGAGUUUGGCGCCGGAGCCUUCCGAACUCCCCUGGGUCUGGACAACCGCAAAGCCGACAACUUGAAUCUUCAGAAAGCUGCCCUUUGGUCAAGCUCCCCUGCUUUCUUUGGCGGAGAUGUGUCGCAGAGCCGACGACAUUCAUUCGCCAACAUGCCAACCCGACAAGGCUCCAUCAGCUCCAUGGCGGAUUCAGUGUCUACCCUCGAAGCCACUGCUUUGGGAGACAUACCAGCAUCUCAGGUUUUCCCACCCGGAUACUCUGACAGCAUCGGGUUGGCAAAUGCUAACAAUGCCAUGUUUUCCGCCGGGGUCUCCAGUACCAUUCAAUCACAAUACAGCCAUCUGUACGGUCCGCGCUUUGGGCUUCAGAAUCAGUUCACAAACAGACCACCCUCUCCGCAUCGAAACGUCUAUAGCAUGGCACAACCGAGACAUAACCAGCUUCUUCACGUGGUGCUGUUCAAGUGCGCCAGAGCGGAUGUAUUCUAUAUUCAGGAAGGUACGGGUCUUGAUGUGAAACCUGGCGAUCUGGUGAUAGUGGAAGCAGACCGGGGGACGGACUUGGGCACCGUUGCCAAAGAUAACGUUGACUGGCAGGCAGCCAAGGAGUUGAAGGAACACUAUGCUGAGGAGCACUACAAAUGGCUCAUGAUGUAUUCGCAAGGGGCAGCCGCCGCUCAAGAAGGCUCCGGUGCCGGGCUGAUGGCCUCGUCCAGUGGACUGCAAGGCAGUGCAGUUGGUGGCAUGGGUCCUGCGAAUCAACACCAUCUCCAGGAGCCGAAUGCCGGAGAGCUCCGACCAAAGCUUAUUAAAAGGCUGGCACAGAACCACGAGGUUCACGCUUUGCGAGACAAGGAAGGUCAGGAAGCCAAAGCAAAGCGAGUCUGCAUGCAGAAGGUCAAGGAGCACGGUCUCAACAUGGAAAUACUGGACGCAGAGUUUCAGAUGGAUUGGAAGAAGCUCACCUUUUACUAUUUUGCCGACUCUUACAUCAACUUCAACUCCCUUGUCACCGACCUGUUCAAGAUAUACAAAACCAGAAUUUGGAUGUCCGCCAUCAAUCCAGCCUCUUUCGCUAGUCCGACCCUCGGUAUCCAGGCUCCCAGCGGCAUUGGACCUGGUGCGGUGGGAGUUGGCCGUACCUCUGGCGGUAGCAGCGGCAGCGGCAGCGGCAGCGGCACCGCUUCUGCUGGCGGAGGUAAUGGUGCGGGCGGCAACGGCGACCGUCGCCAAAACCAACAAGGGCCAGAGCAGCAGCUACAAGAAUUCGGACGAGGGUAUCGUCCAACGUUCAGCCCGACAUUUUCUGGAGACCGAAAUGUGACGCCAGCAUCAACCUAUCCGCAAGCCAACUAUGGGUAUGGAGGCGGAGCAUUCGGCAAUACUCGCGGCACUGCAUCCGCUUACGCACCCCAUCUUUCUUCUUGUGUGGAAGGCUUCCAGACAGGAUUUGGACAGCAAGGUGAUUUCCAGCCUCUGCGUCAGCCAUUCACCAAUGCUCAAAACUUGCCUACCUCAACUCCGCACUCCACUGGCCUUUCGACUAUUCCGUCGCAGAAUGAUUGGACAGCUGCAUUCCAAGGCUUGUCCCUGAACACACAUUGA